ACAGCUUCAGCGGUCGCAGUCAGCCAGUGACCUGACCCUGGUGGCAAAGCGACACGCGCACGACUACCACGUACCUACCAAUUGCAUGGAGGGCCUAUUCUUAAGUAAACGCAAUGGUGCCAAAGUGUAUCAGAGAAUAUGGCUCCCUGAAGGCCGUGCUCGGUGUAUACUGUUCAUAUCGCACGGCUUCGGCGAACACUGCGGCAGAUACGAUGCCCAAGCAGCAGAAUUUAAUAAGAGGGGCUUCUUGGUAGUAGCUCACGAUCAUCAAGGUCACGGCAGGAGUGGAGGGCCUAGAGCCGAUAUUUCAGAUUAUAACAUAUACGUAUCAGAUAUCCAGCAAAGUAUAAAACUCAUCAUCAAGACCUACAGUGCGAUGUCUGUGUAUGGUUGGGG